CCGGGAGACCAGAUAUAGUGAAUGCAGGGUCCGGGGGGGGGACCAGAUAUAGUGAAUGCAGGGUCCGGGGAGACCGGAUAUAGCAAAUGCAGGGUCUGGGGAGACCAGAUAUAGUGAAUGCAGGGUCCUGGGGAGAUCAAAUAUAGUGAAUGCAGGGUCUGGGGAGAUCAGAUAUAGUGAAUGCAGGGUCCGGGGAGAUCAGAUAUAGUGAAUGCAGGGUCCGGGGAGACCAGAUAUAGUGAAUGCAGGAUAUAGUGAAUGCAGGGUCCGGGGAGACCAGAUAUAGUGA